GCGCCGCGCCAGCGCUCGUCGUCCGAGGCCAGGGCAGGGCGAGCCGAAGCUCCGCAGCCACCGCCAAGUUUGGCCGCGCCGCCGGGGCUGCUGUCGCCCGCACCAUGUCCGCGGCCGCCUACAUGGACUUCGUGGCUGCCCAGUGUCUGGUUUCUAUUUCGAACCGCGCUGCGGUGCCGGAGCAUGGGGGCGCUCCGGACGCCGAGCGACUGCGACUACCUGAGCGCGAGGUGGUGACCAAGGAGCACGGUGACCCGGGGGACACCUGGAAGGAUUACUGCACGCUGGUCACCAUCGCCAAGAGCUUGUUGGACCUGAACAAGUACCGACCCAUCCAGACCCCCUCGGUGUGCAGCGACAGUCUGGAGAGUCCGGAUGAGGAUAUGGGAUCCGACAGCGACGUGACCACCGAAUCUGGGUCGAGUCCUUCUCACAGCCCGGAGGAGAGACAGGAUCCUGGCAGCGCGCCCAGCCCGCUCUCCCUCCUCCACCCCGGAGUGGCUGCGAAGGGGAAACACGCCUCCGAAAAGAGGCACAAGUGCCCCUACAGUGGCUGUGGGAAAGUCUAUGGAAAAUCCUCCCAUCUCAAAGCCCAUUACAGAGUGCAUACAGGUGAGCGGCCCUUCCCCUGCACGUGGCCAGACUGCCUUAAAAAGUUCUCGCGCUCGGACGAGCUGACGCGCCACUACCGGACGCACACGGGCGAGAAGCAGUUCCGCUGCCCGCUGUGCGAGAAGCGCUUCAUGAGGAGCGACCACCUCACCAAGCACGCCCGGCGCCACACCGAGUUCCACCCCAGUAUGAUCAAGCGCUCCAAAAAGGCGCUGGCCAACCCCUUGUGAGGGCCGGGCGCGCCCGCCGGACAGGACUGGCCCCUCCCCCAGCCCCCAUCGCCACGCCCCCUCCGUC